AUGACAGAAUCAAAUGUCAUUCAAGUUCAUCGUAAAAUCACGGGCUCGGCUAGCACGGGAGAUUUGUACGAGACCGAGCUACUCGAGCAGCUUUCGGAUAUAAAUGGUGCGGUCGAGUUUUUCGCGUGUUUGGAUAAUCAACUGAACAAAGUGAACAUGUUUUAUGCGAAUAAAGAGAGAGAGUUUGUCGAGAGAGGGGAAUCGUUGAAGAAACAAAUGGAGAUUAUGAACGAGCUUAAGGCGACUUUAAGGGAAAAACGCGCGAAAGGACUGACUUUGAACGAGUCGAAGGAGGAAGACUCGAUAUCGGGCACCAUAUCAUGCGACGAUGAGUCCAUUAGAAAUACACAGAAUAAUACAGAAGAAAGCUUAACUGAAGAAGCUUGUAAUGAAGACAGUCCAAAAUCCGGUGAACUUGCAACGAAAACGAAGAAAGAGGAAGAGAAACUUAAGUCGAUUUCGAGCAGAACAAUUAAUUUUCAUGGCAAAAAUUUAAGAAUUCGCAUUCCUGUUACGAAUCCAACGCGCACGUUUUCAGCAAUCACUUACUUGUUUUGGGAUGAUUUGGCGAACCAAUCUUCCAAGAAAAACGGCAUGGAAGGAAAUAACAAGCUGCACGUGAACAAGAAAAAGCUCCAUCAUGCAGAGAAAAUGAUAAGGGGUGCAUUUAUCGAGCUUUAUAAAGGAUUAGGCUACCUCAAAACUUAUAGGAACUUGAACGUGCUCGCUUUUGUCAAGAUUCUGAAGAAGUUCGAUAAAGUGACAGACAAACAAGUUCUUCCUAUUUACUUGAGAGUGGUUGAGAGCUCAUACUUCAACAGCUCGGACAAGGCUGUGAAAUUAGCAGAUGAGGUUGAGGAACUUUUUGUGAAGCAUUUUGCGGACGAUGACAAAAGAAAAGCCAUGAAAUACCUUAAACCGACUCAUCGAAAAGAUUCACAUGCUGUAACAUUUUUCAUUGGAUUGUCGGCCGGGUGUUUUCUUGCGCUUUUCAUAGGAUAUAUUAUCAUAGCUCACAUCACAGGAAUGUACAGAACUCAUUCAGACACAAUAUACAUGGAAACAGUUUACCCUGUCCUAAGCAUGUUUAGUCUACUUUUUCUACAUUUCUUCGUAUACGGUUGCAACAUUUUCAUGUGGAGAAAAACUCGUAUAAAUUAUGGAUUCAUAUUCGAACUCUCCCUAACAAGAGAACUUAAGUACCGAGACGUGUUCUUAAUCUGCGCAACAUCAAUGACAGCUGUAAUCGGAGUCUUGUUCGUUCAUCUUUUUCUCGUGGCAAAAGGGCAUCCGUACGCUCAAGUCCAGGCAGUUCCGGGCCUUCUUUUAUUGAUUUUCAUUAUAGUUCUGGUCUGUCCAUUCAACUUCAUCUACAAAUCGAGCCGUUAUCGUCUGCUUUCCAUUAUCAGAAAUAUCGUCUUAUCGCCUCUUUACAAAGUUGCCAUGCUCGACUUUUUCAUGGCCGAUCAACUUUGUAGCCAGGUUCCCAUGCUAAGAAACCUGGAGUACGUCGCGUGCUAUUACAUAACCGGAAGCUACAAAACACGAGACUACAAUUACUGCAUGAAAACUGCAUACUAUAGAAAUCUCGCUUAUGCGGUCUCUUUUCUACCUUAUUAUUGGAGAGCCAUGCAGUGUGCUCGACGGUGGUUUGAUGAAGGACAAAAAAGCCACCUUCUAAACUUAGGGAAAUAUGUAUCUGCAAUGCUGGCUGCAGGGGCGAAAUUGGCGUACGAAAAGGAUAAAAAUGCCCGGUGGCUUUUCAUGGUCGUGAUUAUGUCAACUGCCUCAACCGUUUAUCAACUGUAUUGGGAUUUCGUUAAGGACUGGGGUUUGCUUCGAUUUGGCUCGAAAAAUCCGUGGCUCAGAGACGAAUUAAUGCUUCGUAGCAAAUUAGUGUACUAUUUCUCCUUGGGAUUGAACCUCGUUCUUCGGUUAGCUUGGCUGCAGACAGUUUUUCACUACAAUUUUGAGAAAGUAGAUUACAGAGUUACCAUGCUGUUUUUAGCAGCUCUUGAGGUUGUCAGAAGAGGGGUGUGGAACUUUUAUAGGUUGGAGAAUGAGCAUUUAAAUAAUACAGGCAAAUAUAGAGCUGUGAAGAUAGUGCCACUUCCCUUUCAUGAGCUGACACCAAUUCCUGAAAUCGUCUUCAUAAUUCAUCCGAUACCGGCGCAAUUUGAGCUCAAAUUGAAGUGCACGGGCGGGUAUUGCAAGGAUUGCUUGGCAAAAUUGACGGAUUCGAAGCGAUAUAUCGAAGACUUGGUCGUUUUUCGGGAAAGGGUUUCACUCAUAUUGCUUCUACAACUUUUCAACAAAUAG